AUGAAGGAAAGAGUGAAGCUGAUAAAAAAAAGAGACAUUGCUGCUUUCUUUGGUCAAAGUUCUCACGAAUCAAGUGGUAGACCAAGAAUAUGGUAUCAAGGACCAUUUGAAUGGGGAUAUUGUAAUGUGACAUCAAGAAAUCCCUUCGUCUACUGCGAACCAAGCUCUGAAUUCCCAUGUGCUCCUGGAAAAAAAUACUUUGGUAGGGGUCCAUUUAACUUACAAGGGAAUGAAUUAUACGGAAAGUGUGGAAAAGCAAUAGGUGUUGAUUUGCUUAAUAACCCAGACCUUGUAGCCACAGACCCUGUUAUAUCCUUCAAGACCGCUAUAUGGUUUUGGAUGACACCUCCUCCGCAGUUGGACCGUGAUUAUAUGCCACCCGGCCACGAUGUUAUGGUCGGAAUAUGGAUCCCAGCCAGUUUUGAUAUUGAAGAACUGAGAUUUCCAGGAUACGGGAUGACAACGUACGUGUAUUCCUAUGUUAUUAGAGGAUACAAAAUCUGUGGGAUGAAGGUCACAACUGACAUUGAGCUUAACCGAGUUGGAUAUUAUAAGAGAUAUUGUGACAUACUUAGAGUUGAUUACGGAGAUAAUCUUAGUUGUGCUGCUUACAAGACACCUCGGAUCCUAGCGUAUCAAUCUUCAUAA